GUGACAAAAUAGGAAGUGAGAGAUGACGGUACCCGGAGCUCCCGGGACGAGAUGCAGAGAAAAACCGAGCGUUCAGCAGGCUUUUAAUUUGAAAGAAUCGUCACGAAGGCAGUAUGGAGGAUGAUGAACUUUCGUCAGCGGAUGGGAUGGGUGGGCGUGGCCGCCUACCUGCUGCUCAGCGUCAUGGUGGUCUAUUACAUCUUUGAGGUUCAGAGCUUCAGUUUGGAGCACGUGCAGAAAGGUCGGUCUGGUCCGUCAGCUCCACCCCUGGCCAUCAGCUGGUUUCAGAGCGUCAGCACUCGCCUGCCUCCACUUCCUGUCUGGAUGUGGGCAUUGGUCUUUCUACUGCCGUACCUGCAGCUCUUCCUCUUCCUGUUCUCUUGCACCAGGGCGGACCCUCGAGCUGUCGGAUACUGCGUCCUUCCUGUCUGCCUCGCCCUUCUCUGUAGCCGCCAUGCUGCCAGAAAACCAGCCAAUCAGAGAGGCUCUCCGCUCAUCGACACGUAGAGAGGACAACCAAACAGAGAAGCUUAUUGACAAAUAGGGAGGAUGACCAAUCAGAGCAGCUCCCUGCUUUUCUGCACGUAGAAAGGACGACCAAUCAGAGGUUUAUUGACAUAAAGGAAAAGCGACCAAUCAGACAGGCUCCCUGUCAUAAAGGGGAUGGGACCAUGGCAAAGGGAUGCUCAUGAAACAAACUGAGGUGCUUCUGUUGAGAUGUUUGUGAUGUCACUUCCUGUGCCUUUACAGUAAAAACACUGUUGUGUAAACCCUGUUCGCUGUCUGCCAGGAGAGACAAGUUCUGUUGCUCACUGUCAACUGUCAAUCAUUCUUCACUGAAUCCUGUGCUGUGAUUGGCUGAUGUGGGCUUGGCUAUGUGUUUUUAAAGCAUAGGAGUCAUAAGAACUGUUUACAAUGAGUUAUGUGACGGACACUGGUUACCAUGGGGACUUUUCUAAAAAUAUCAAUAAAUUUAAAAAUUAAACUUGA